AUGGUUCAAACUCUUACUUCAAAGACAGAUUUCGAGGCUGCAAUUAAAUCUGAAAAAUUGGUUGUUGUUGAUUUUUUUGCUACUUGGUGUGGUCCAUGCAAAAUGAUUGCUCCAAUCUUGGAAAAAUUAUCUGAAAAACACACUGGAGUCUCCUUUUAUAAAGUCGAUGUUGAUGCUGUUCCCGAUGUUUCUCAUGACCAAGAUAUCACUGCAAUGCCAACUUUGAAAUUCUUCAAAGAUGGCAAGCUCAUUAAAACUGUAGUCGGUGCAAACAUCCAGGAAAUACAACGUACAAUUGUUGAAAAUGCCUAA